AAGAAAAGAAAAGAAAAAAAACGGACCAACCGUCAAACCUUUCUCCUCACAGUGGCUUCCCAUCGCUGAAACACUAUCCUCUCUUUCGUUUUCUUUCUCUCAGCUCCUUUUCCUGUUGCUUCUUCGGUAUCAGAUCCAUGGAAGCCAUUUCUCAUUCAACAAAGCAAUUCAUUUGUUACACAACUGUCAAUUCUCGGCCAUGUAUUUUGUCUCCAAUGGCGUCUCAUCCGUCACUGGUUUUCGUCGCUUGGAACACUCGCCAUCGGCAAAUCUCCAGGUUCUCUCAACUCUCAAGUCCAUGCCUCAGGAAUACGAAGCUGGUGCCCAAGUCUUCGGAUGAGAACUACGAUAUUGUGCCCUCAGAAGAUGACCCUGAAGAUGGAGUAUCACUUGGGACCAUGAAAUUGCCUUCGGACAUUGACAUUGCUAGAUUUCAGGUCUUACUCUUCCAGUGGGCCAAUAGUCUUUGCCAGGGAGCUAACUUGCCGCUUCCAGUGCCUCUGAAGGUUGACAAAAUACCCAGUGGAGUUAGACUUGGUUUUAUCACAAUUGGAGAUGGAAAGACGGAAGUUCUGGUGUAUAUAGAUUGCUUGGUUUUUCCUGCUACUGCCAAUACUAAUCCAAUUUUUCGAGCCAUAAGAAAUGGACGCUUAAGGGACCAGUCACCUCCUGGUGAACCGAGAAUUAUGAGGAGUCUUUUGGGUGCUUUGAAAAAAUCAGUUGAAAUUUCUAGAGUAUGAGUUAAUAUUUGUCUAUGUAAAUGUAACAAACUUGUCUUUUCUUCUGUCAUUAGGUAAUGUAAAUGACUGUCAGUGAAGGUUCACUUGGACAUCAGAUCUGGCUCGUUUUUUUUCCCCA